UGCGAAUGGACCGUUCGGGAGGGAUAUUACCGCCAUUUUGAAUUUCUGUGCGGCGAAUCUCGUAAUCCGCGUAUUUACAAGACGAUCUUUCCCGUAGUAAAAUGUUCAAAUUUUGCUUGAAUUAUUUUUUGUUGUGACGGUUUUGGUGAGUGCUUGUCAGUGAUGUGGCUGCGUUUGUUGAUCGUAAUACUUUUGGGAGUUACAGUGUUGUUUCGAUGUACGGAUUCUGUCGAUCUGCCCCGUUUCGUGGGCCCGGGGUCCAACGUCACAGUGGCAGUCGGCAGGGAUGCGGCGCUCACUUGCAGAGUGGAUAACCUACAGAGCUUUAAGGUGGCGUGGCUACGCGUGGACACGCAGACGAUCCUCACGAUCGCCGGCCACGUGAUCACCAAGAACCACCGCAUCAGCGUCCAACAUGGCGACGGCGCGUGGACGCUGGGCCUGCGUGACGUCAGCGCCACGGACGGCGGCCGCUACAUGUGCCAAGUGAACACCGAGCCUAUGAUGAGCCAGACUCAUCUACUCCAGGUCGUUGUGCCUCCGGAUAUAGAUGACGAGGCAAGCAGCAGCGAAGUGCUAGUCAAAGAAGGGGAGAGUGCCACACUGCGCUGCGUGGCGUCGGGCGUCCCCCCUCCUAACGUCACUUGGAGGAGGGAGGACUCUAGGCACUUCAAAAUUGACAACCAGACACUCGUGUCAAAACACAGCGGCGAGUGGUUGAACCUGACGGGCCUGGAGCGAGCAACGUCGGGCGCCUACCUCUGUAUCGCGACCAACGGCGUUCCGCCCUCCGUCAGCAAGAGGAUACAGAUUAACGUCUUGUUUGCCCCGUCGGUGUGGGCCGGUCGGGUGGCGGUCCGGGCACUGUCCGGGACGGCGGCGGGCCUGACCUGCACUGCGGAGGCGUUUCCCCUGCCGCAGUCCUACUGGACCCUGAACGGUGAACAGAGACUGGUAAAUGGCACAAAAUACAGAGUCAGCAAAACAACAAGAGGGUAUCGCCAUACGUUAAGCUUGCAAGUGAGCGAAAUGUCGAGAGAAGACGCGGGAUCCUACAGGUGUCACGUUGAAAACAGUUUGGGCAAGGCACAGGCGGAGCUGUUCCUACAUAUGUUGACGACGACCACUACGACCACGACAACGACCACGACCACCACGACAACGACGACAACGCCGCCACCCACAACUACAAUGCAGUCAUAUGACCCGGAGAGACAUCUGGAACAGCUCCACCGCGGGGUGCUGGAGGACCCCGCGCUCGAGAACUCCUACAUCGUGCUCAGCCAACACCAAAUGCAGAACCUUGAAAUGGUGACGACGAUGUGACCGGAAGCACGGGGGCCCGGGGAGUCCCCGUGGGGUGAGAGCUGGCCCCUGCCGGAUGCGGCGCCUCGCGAGCGUGCACGCCUCUGUCUGUGGCUCCUCGCCUCGGUUGUGAUGCUCGCGUGACCUUCUCGGUUGUGUCAAGUGAUUUGUGAACUAUUGCAGUGAGGCUCUAUCGUAUCGAGUUCGAGUCGAGUUCGAGUACAGUUUUUGUAACAGAUUAUUAAUUAAUUAAUAAUUGAGAUAAAACUAUUAUAUUUUACAUUCACUUAAAGUGAAAUACGCCACAAGUUAUUUUUAAGGAUGCCUCUUUGAAAGGAACCUUAUUUGACGUGACACGUCUUAUAAUUCGAUGAAACCGGCUGCACACUCGAAAAAAAUUACGUCAUGCGUCGUUCCCUCGCUCUAGGGAUGCCAACUUUUUUUACAAGAAAUAAAGUAUAUUCUGCUCUAUAAAGAUUAUUAAACAGUAUUUUAGAAAAACGAACUUUCUUUUGACAUCCACCUGUAUUUUCUUAUGACGUUGUCACGUUCAACUAUCAUCAGUAAACCAACUUUACAGACCACCGAUGUAUUUUUUUAAAUUGUAAUAAAAAAACAUUUUGGUAAUUUUUCGCAAAAGCUUAAGCUUGAGCUGUCACUGAUACUGAUAAGACUGUCAGAUACUGGAGUAAUUUUCACAGGUGUUGAUAUAAAUUAUGAACUUUCACACAAAUAAAACUUCCUACCUGUUCUAAUUGAUAUUUAUUUUCAAAAUGACGGCUCCCUAAAAUUUGGAAAAGAUAAAUAUUUAAAUGGAUAUUCCAAUUAUAGCAAUCUAGAAGGUCUAUCCAGGUAUGACUACGGAACUGUUUGUUCUAGUCAGUAUCUGACUAAAUCGCGGAAAUACAAACAAAAAUGCGACAAUCAUAAUACAAUUUAUUUAGAAUCAUCUUCAAAAUCGGUCGAAAAAUAUAGAUAUUGUUUCAAAAAUAACAAUUCUGUUAAGAAUUUGAUUGUAUAGAUGUAUUAAUAAAUAGCCCAAAUGAAACUAAACUAAUAUUAAUAAAGGAUAAUCGUAACGCAAUCUAUUUAAUUACGUUAUGCGAAUACAGCUUAAUAUUAUUAUGUUGGCGCGAUAAUUGUAUCGACAACACGUCUAAAUGUCUUUGUGUACUUAAAGAGACAAUCAUAGAGCCUAUAGUUAGUCUAUAAUUAUAUGUAUUCAACGUCCAUACAGUGGUUGAUGAUCUAACUGACUUUGUAUGGUAACAGUUUCAAUUUAAACAUAAUUAUGAUAACAUUUCACUUGGUAAUUCAACUUGCACAACUUACACGUGCAUGGAACUGAAGAUACGCAAGUAGCUAAUAAAGUAUCUAAUAAACUUAUAAAGGUUCAAUCACAACACACAUAUCCAAAUAAAUUAAAUAAAGGCUUGAAUCUAUUUCUCGCAAACUCAGAAGUGGAUUAUAAAAAUAAGAAAACCAAUGUCGAACGAAGGUUACCUAUGAUUCACAAUAUUUGCCAGGACAACUUAACCAACAAAUCAACUGUAACCAUAACAAGACCUUAGAAUGGAAGAGAAUGACCUUGAGUGGAGUCGCGGUCUUGUGACCGUUGUACGUAGGCUUAAGGACGUCCUUGACAGUGAACUAACAUUCCCCUUUUCACUCUAGUCACUCUCCCCACCUAUCCCAAGUAACCCUUACAGGAAUACACAACAAAAGUUGUGGACAGGUAGAACGCCACGAGACACGACCAUACGGAGUAGGAGUAAGAGCGCCUUAUAUCCCAAGUCGUUCCCGCCCGAUCGUUAGCCCUCUCUAACUCCCUACUCUUUACGGAACAAGUCACGCCACCUAGCGUCGGCACGAGCCAACACGAGAUCGAGCGAUGUCAUAUCCGUCUCAGACUACUAUUUCCUACACUAUGUUAACUAAACAAGCUAUACAAAAUUAAAUUUUAAUGAAAUCAACCUUCAGGCAGUUGAAAACACGUUGCCCGUAAAACUUACACAAAGAUCAACAAGACGUCUCUAACAUCAGAAUUUAAGACAUAAUUAAAUUAGUUCGUGACAAGGUUAAAUAAAACUCGACCCGAGCUCGGCACCUUACGGCCUCGGCAAAGCGUGAAUCGGCCUUUAAUUGGAGACCCGUUGUUUGUUGAAAACUAAACUUGUUAAGACUUGGGGGGAGUGCUGUGUUGGAAGUGACUGCUGUAAUCUUCAACGGAUUUUCUGUCAACAUUGGAAUUGAUUAGCCCGAUCUAGCUUACAAUUAUUGUGUUGGAGCUAGCUUGUUUGUUUAUAACUUUGAUAAAAUUACUUUGAAGUAUGAUGCUUACCAUUUUAAAUUAAAUUCGGUCAUGUUAGAAUCAUACAUUUAUUUCAACAUUAAUUUUAAACAAAUCAAUUCAAUUUUCAAAUGUGUUCUACACUGCUGAGAAAUUUUACUAUGGUUUGUCACUGGCAUUAUAAUGAUAUUUUCAUGUCAAUUUAGCUAGUGGGAAUAUUAUAUGUAUUAUGUAGUAUUAUUUGUUUUUACAAAAGGUACUAGGAAUUGGAUUCCAGUUUUUGAAUUAUAUAAAUAAAAAUUAGAUAAUUCUCUCAAAACAGAGUUUAUUUAUUAUUCACAGUUUUUCGUAAAGUUAUCGAGUUUGUUUAAACUGGUAAGUAAUAAUAUCUGACUAUUAAGAACUAUUCAAACCUAAAAUUCGCUGUAAAGAGAUAAUAUUAUUUAACGGACUUGUUAAUAUUAUGCUUUAUCAAAAUUAUUGUUGUCGCCAAAAUCAAAAUUUGUAACGACCGUUCAACAUAAUCGAUAUGGCAAGCUUCCAUUAGAUUGCUGAUUAGAAUCGCGUUUCAGCGUCCAUAACAUAUUUACUAUGAAAUUGCGUCCAUUAGCAAAACAUCGCUCGCUCAUAGUAAAUGUAUAAAUGAAUACUCACGAUUCUCAACGACCUAAUGGACGUAAGCUUUAAUAUUAACAUCUUCUGACGCAUUCCAAUGACUGCUACAUUUUUAUGAAUAAAAGAAAA